AUGACAAAAGUACCGGUAACUACAGUUGAACCGAAUCCUGAUCAUCAGUCCAUGGUCUGCAGCACAUGGGGAAAUUUCCACUUCAAGACCUUUGAUGGUCAAUUCUUUCAAGUGGCAGACACGUGCAACUAUGUUCUGACAGUGAUGUGUGACAUCCCCAUUUCUGAUUUUAACAUCCAAAUGCAAAGAGAGACUGUGAAUGGUUCGAUCACUUUCAACACAGUCACAGUAGAGCUGGAGGGGACAAUCAUCAAAAUCACUAAUGGUGACAUCACCAUGGGGAAUGAAAAUUCAACAAGUCUAAAGAUCUCGAACAAACAUGGAGUGACUGUCUUCUGGGAAGAAGACAACUAUCUAACGAUUGAACUUCCCGAGAAGUACCAAGGUCUGACCUGCGGACUCUGUGGAAACUUUAAUGGCAACAAGCAUGACGAUAUCAGUGUUAGCGGUCCGGCCAAAUGGAAGGUUUCCACACCUAUGACUGAAACCUGUGAGGAAGUUACACUUCCACCCAGGGAUCAGUGUGACCAGACAAGCGUUUGCCAGCAGUAUCUCAGCAGUCCUGGGUUUGCUGACUGUUACAAUGUGAUGGACAUGAGUUCAUUUGAAAAAGCCUGUGAAGAUGACCUGUGUCAGUGUUAUGGAAAUUAUGACUGUCUCUGCAACACACUCACAGAGAUUUCACGACAAUGCACUCAUGCUGGAGGAAAACCAGGAACAUGGAGGACAGAACAGCUUUGUCCAAAGACGUGUCCUCUGAACUUGCAAUACAUGGAGUGUGGGAGUCCGUGCAAGGACACCUGCUCAGGUCCAACCACAAGUCUACUGUGUAAAGAACACUGUGUGGAUGGCUGUUUCUGCCCUAUUGGCACCGUGGAAGAUGACAUUGGUCAGAGCGGCUGUGUUAAUGUGAAUAAAUGCCCUUGUGAGCAUAACGGUGCACUAUAUCAAUCAGGAGAGUCUUACAAACAAGCUUGCAAAAAAUGUGUGUGCGUCGCUGGACACUGGACUUGUACGUACCUGGAAUGUCCCGGAAUCUGCUCUGUUGUUGGAGGGUCUCACGUCACCACUUAUGAUGGAAAGACCUUCACCUUCAGUGGCAACUGUGACUACAUCCUCACUAAGCACUCUAAUGACAGUGACAUUGCAGUUGUGGGAAAUCUGGCAAAGUGUGAUCCGGCCCGAAAAGACACAUGUCUAAAUUCAAUCACCCUUGUCAUCUCAGGGACCACUGUAAGCACUGGGUUUGAAUAAUUUUAUUCUUUUAUAAUUUUAUUAAUAAUAAUACGCAUGCUGGCUGCUACUACUACUACUACUACUAUGAUAAUUAUAUUAAUAGUAGUAUCUUUUUGUUGAUGUUUUACUCAUUAAACAGAUUACUUUUUCCUCUGGAGGAUCUGUGACAGUGAAUAAAAUCAGUCCACACAUGCCUCCUUUCACAACAGGUUUGUUGUCAAAUAUAAGUAAUUUACUUUUUUUUAUAAUUACUAAAAAAAUAUUGAAUUUCCUUUUUCAAUAAUUGUAUUGUCCCAGGUCCUGUGAGCAUCUUCCAGCCCUCGUCCUCUUUCAUCAUUGCUGAUAUGAAUAGUCUUCGUCUGGAGAUCCAGUUGGCUCCAGUCAUGCAGUUGUAUAUUGUAGCCAGCACUGAAGAGAAAGGAAAGAUG